CUGGGCUGGGAUGGACCCCGCUCUGUCUUCAGGGAUCAAUGCGCAUCUGUGAGUCGUUCCGCGGGUCCACACUAGGAGGCACCGCCGCUGCCUGCGUCCCCCAUUCACUCUCAGCACCGCACAGCAACCGGAAGAAGCUGUUUGAAUGUGUCAUACCAUGUCUGAAGUUAAGUGUCCGACGCCAGGCGUUUGAAAACCCGCUGUCUGCAAACCGAAGAAUACUACAGAUAUGUAGUCUUUAAACCGCCGCCCUCUUCAUCAGCAGACCAGAAGCGAUAAUCGACUCAUAUUGAAACCAUCGUUGAUUUCCCUAGAGAGUGAUGUCUGGAGCGUCAAGCAAUGAGUGUCCACACUUGGAGUGUGUGGGGGAGAUCACCAAGGAAGAACUCAUCCUGAAGUCUCAUGGUCAGUGUCAAGACUGUAAAGUCGGGGGACCAAACCUUUGGGCUUGUCUCGAGAAUGGCUGUUCAUAUGUUGGCUGUGGGGAAUCACAUGCGGACCACAGCACUUUCCACUCUCAGGAGACACGGCACAACCUGACGGUGAAUCUGACCACUUUGAGAGUGUGGUGCUAUGCCUGUUCCAAGGAGGUUUUCCUGGAAAGAAAACUGGGUCCACAUGCACAGUUGCCCAGCGCUGCCAAGCCCAUCUCCGCAGUACAGACUCCCAGCCCGGACCCCAAAGCUCCUGGGAGCCCCACCUCGCUGAGAGUUCCUCCAGCAGGAACCUGUGAUGACCUGGAUAUAGAGACUGAGGAGGAGGAUGAACUGAGGACCAGAGGUCUGACUGGACUGAAGAACAUUGGCAAUACCUGCUACAUGAACGCAGCUCUCCAGGCGCUUUCCAACUGUCCUCCACUGACACAGUUUUUCCUGGACUGUGGUGGUCUGGUGAAGACCGACAAGAAGCCAGCGCUAUGCAAGAGCUAUCAGAAACUCAUCACAGACCUUUGGCACAAAAACAGGAACUCCUAUGUUGUUCCUACAAAUCUAUUCCAGGGCAUUAAGGCUGUAAACCCAAUGUUUCGUGGUUAUUCCCAACAGGACUCCCAGGAGUUCCUGCGUUGUCUGAUGGACCAACUCCACGAGGAGCUCAAGGAGCCCAUUCCUGACCCCGAGGACCCAAACCAGGCUGUGGCCAUGGAUGACAGUCCCGAUGAGGACAACCACAGCCAAUCAGAUGACUUCCAGUCCUGCGAGUCUUGCGGCAGCAGCGAUCGUGCUGAUAGAGAAGGCCCCAGAGUCCCAGAAGACAUCAAUGAAGCUGAGAUGCUGAUUUCAGAGCAGAACCAAAACAACCGAGACUGGCAGAAAGAGAAGAAUCUCAUCAACAACCUGUACCGUGCCGGUUCCCAUGGCGACCUGGAUAAAGACGUGGACACGACCAAUGAGUCGAGGCCAAUAAUCAGCAGCCAAGGAGCCAUUAAAUGCCAGGGCCGAAAUUCUGACUCAAACUCUGAAAUCCAGGUCAGCAGUACCAUCAGACCACACAGUCCCAAUGGAAAUGAGGGUGUCACAUCUAGACUGUCCAGCAGUCCCCCCAAAUCCUCAAUGUGGCCAAACCUGAGCUCUACUCACAAGAAAGUACCCUCGUUCAUCCCACCAAAGAGCAAGCGGCAGAGGAAAUAUCGCAGCAUCAUCUCUGAAGUGUUCGACGGCACCAUUGUCAGCUCAGUUCAGUGCCUGACCUGUGACAGGAUCAAAUGGGUAAAUGCAGUCUUGUUGCAGUUUCGUUCCUCCCACCAGACGGCUCUAGUCAAGGCUGGUUCGUGUGGAGAAGCCUACGCCCCUCAAGGCUGGGUUGCUUUCGUCAUGGAAUAUAUCAAGAGUUGGUUCUGGGGGCCUGUGGUCACGCUGCAGGACUGUCUGGCUGCCUUUUUUGCAAGGGAUGAACUAAAAGGAGACAACAUGUACAGCUGUGAAAAAUGCAAGAAGUUACGGAAUGGGGUCAAAUUCUGCAAAGUUCAGAGUUUGCCAGAGAUUCUGUGCAUUCAUCUCAAGCGCUUCAGACAUGAACUUAUGUUCUCCACCAAAAUCAGCACUCAUGUGUCCUUCCCUUUGGAAGGCCUCGAAAUGCAGCCCUUCCUGGCCAAGGACUGCUCCGCCCAGACCACCACCUAUGACCUGCUGUCAGUCAUCUGUCACCACGGCACUGCCAGCAGUGGCCACUAUAUUGCCUAUUGUCGGAACGAACUGAACCAGCUGUGGUACGAGUUUGAUGACCAGAGCGUUACUGAGGUGUCUGAGUCCUGUGUUCAAAACGCUGAGGCAUAUGUGCUCUUUUACAAGAAAAAUAACGAUGAGACUAAGAAGGAGAGGCGGAAGGUGACCAGUCUGCUCAACAUGAUGGAGCCAAGCCUCCUGCAGUUCUACAUCUCCCGCCAGUGGCUGAACAAGUUCAAAACCUUCGCUGAGCCAGGACCCAUCUCCAACCAUGACUUCCUGUGUGCCCACGGAGGAAUUCCACCAAAUAAAGCCUCGUCUGUUGACGAUCUUGUUAUGAUGCUUCCCCAAAAUGUAUGGGACCAUCUGUAUAGCAGGUAUGGAGGCGGCCCCGCUGUCAAUCACUUGUAUGUCUGCCACACCUGCCAGAACGAGAUCGAGAAGCUGGAAAAACGUCGCAAGAAUGAGCUGGACAUGUUUGUUCGGCUCAAUAAGGCGUUUCAGGAGGAGGAGUCUCCUGUGGUGAUAUACUGUAUCAGCAUGCAGUGGUUCCGGGAAUGGGAAGGCUUUGUCAAAGGCAAGGACAUAGACCCACCAGGACCAAUUGAUAACUCCAAGAUUGCUGUAAAUAAAAAUGGACACAUCACAUUAAAACCAGGUGCCGAUUCAGGUCAGAUAUCUGAAGAGACCUGGAACUUCCUCCAUUCCAUUCACGGAGGAGGGCCGGUGGUGACCGUGCGGCCCAGUGUCAGCCAUCAGGAGGCCGAAACUUCCCAGGCAGAGGAGAAGAUCGAAGUGGAGACGCGCUCAGUGUAGUUGUGCUGCGAUGCUGCUGGAACGCAAGGGGACCGAGAAACACUUAUUAUUUUGCACUUCACUCUUGUUUUCAAACAUUCGAGCAAAGGACCUUACAGCUUCACCUCAGCAUACACACUUCUGCCACACUCUCCAUACCCUUUAUGACUGUUCUUUAUAGCAGAUGGAUGGAUUAAACGUCCUCCAGUGUGCUUUAUAUUUGUAUAUAUCGUGCAUAUCCAUUUCCUCUUGACACUAGAAGCCAAUUAGACUUAAGGCACAGUUUCACGGUCCAUUAAUGCAUUUGAUUUCUAUGUGCAGCUGCGUUCAUGACAGAUUUUGCUUCGCCCAAACCAAAUGGCCCAUGAUUUGUGUACACCGAAAAUGAAUUCCACUGCAUCUGUAGAUAUUUUUGAGGCACUGCCUCGAUUAAGAACACAAAAUAAUAUGUUGUCUUAGUGGAUGAAAACUUCAUGUUUUGGGUAUGAAGGGAUACUAAAUGCUACGUAGUCUCAGGAAAGAACAUUUUUGUUUUGCACUGUACUGUAGAUUCAAAAGCGUGCAUGCUUCAGCUCUGAUGUUCGAUAUGUAUUUGAAUGUACUAGUACUUAAAGAACACAUGCACUAAUGUUAUUUAUUCCAGAGGGGUAUGAUUAUUCUGGCAUUCAUGGACGUUUCCUUUGUUCGAAAAUGAUUCGACGAGCUAAAUCGAAGCAGAAUGCACCGCUAAUAAGAAUGAUGUGGCACAUUAUGCUGGCAAGAAAAUCAAUUCCUCAUUUUUAUUUGUGUUGCAUAGCUGUGCCACUGAGUUGCAUGGAGAUGCAAACAAUAAGGUGCACAUUUGAACACAUCGUUGGCUGUCUUGUUUAAAAAUGCUAUGUGAAAGAAAAAAAUCCGAUCAAUUAAAUCCUGCUGCCUCACAUGUGUACAUUCAAGGCAUUAUUUAAUGUAUAGAAGGAUGUGAUGUCGUUUUUCAAUAUUAAUUGUCCAGAGACGAAAGCUGUAUCUGAGUGGCUACUAUUAAAUCGGAAACUUA